AUGCAUUUUACAGAAAGCGCACCCAAACUGUGCCCUCUGAUGGACACUGCCGAGCUCAUCGCAGUCCUCUUCCACUCGAUAUGCGAUCCUGCUGGGAUGAUACUCAACCUAUUUCUCCUUUACUUUGUACUCUUCCGGACUCCUUCUCAAUUCAAACUGUACAGUAUAUUGAUUGCAAACAUGGCCGUAACAGAUUUCUUGGCCUGCUUCAUGUCGUUUUUCGUUCAGCAGAGAAUAAUCCCGAUAGGAACGAGUUUGAUAUAUAUCUCAUAUGGGCCAUGUGGCAUGAUGGGAGCGCAAGGUUGCUACAUAGGGUACUGUGCGAUGGCUUCAUUCUUUACUCAUUCGCUGUACUCUCUGUUGCUGUCGUUCCUGUACAGAUAUUAUGUGUUAAAACAGCAGAAUCCAUCAGCUACGUCGCUCAAGCGUGUCAUUUUCUUCAUUUCUAUGCCAUCACAACUUCUGUUUAUCCUCACUUGCUUCGCGAAUCAGCCUGCGCCAGACAUUAUUGUGAUUUUGACGCAGCGUUUGCCACAUUACGAUAUUACCAACAAAGUAGUCUCCGGUCACGCCUGCAUUUUCGAGUGGAAGACACUAGCAUCAGUUUUAGUUAUGACUACGCCAAUGAUACCAAUUUUGAUUGGUAUUCUGAUAUUGAGAAAACGAAUUGUCGCUAUUCUUUCAACGCAUACACUGUCGGAGAACACCAAGGUGCUACACAACGAUUUACUCAAGGCGCUCACCUAUCAGGCUGUACUUCCCUGCCUCUUCUCCGUCAGCCUGCUGUGCUACAUUUGCACACAAUUCGGCCUCUACCGUCAUCCGAUUCUGGAAUCUUUUUUAGUCAUGCCACUCGACUCCCUUGCUGUUCUCAGUCCACUGAUGAGCUUAUGCUUUAUCAGACCGUAUAGACGCCUCAUAUCAAAGCGCUUGUCAUCUGCCUUCAAAUGGACUUCAUACGCUGUCGGCGCACCAUCGCAGAGGACUUUUUAA